AUGUUGUCUCGGGGGAGUUUUCUAAAAAAUGUAGCAAUUGGGGAUCAUAAUCAGUGUACUAAGCGAUUUUUCAAUUCGAAUUCAGUUUCAAUUGGGUGUAGAAAACCGGUAAUUUCUUCUUCUUCUUCGUCGGUGGGGGUCCGGUCCGGUCCGGUUCUUGCUGUAGCUACUAAUGAGAGAGAGAGUAAGAGUAAGCAGCAAGUUUCGUAUGAGCCGAGUCUUGCUGAUCGAUUGAGGUUGGGGACUAUGUCGGAAGAUGGAAUGUCGUAUAAGGAAAAGUUUAUUGUUAGGUGUUACGAGGUUGGAGUUAACAAAACUGUUACUGUUGAAACUAUCGCCAAUCUCUUGCAGGAGGUUGGAUGCAACCAUGCUCAAAGUGUUGGAUUUUCAACUGAUGGAUUUGCGACUACCCAUAGCAUGAGAAAGUUACAUCUUAUAUGGGUUACUGCUCGCAUGUACAUUGAGAUCUAUAAGUACCCUGCUUGGAGUGAUGUUGUUGAAAUAGAAACUUGGUGCCAAAGUGAAGGCAGGAUUGGGACUAGACGUGAUUGGAUUCUCAAAGACUGCGCUACUGGUGAAGUCAUUGGAAGAGCCACCAGCAAGUGGCUCAUGAUGAACCAGGACACAAGACGCCUUCAAAAGGUCACCGAUGAAGUUCGUGAUGAGUUAGAGCUCUAUUUUCCAAAAGAGCUGAGGUUAGCUUUUCCUGAGGAGAAUAAUGGCAGCCUUAAGAAAAUACCAAAACUUGAAGAUCCCGCUGAGUAUUCAAAGCUAGGACUUGUGCCACGAAGAGCUGAUCUGGACAUGAAUCAGCAUGUAAACAAUGUCACUUACAUUGGAUGGGUCCUUGAGAGUAUGCCUCAAGAAAUCAUUGAUACCCAUGAACUGGGAACAAUUACAAUAGAUUAUAGACGUGAAUGCCAGCAAGAUGAUGUUGUCGAUUCCCUUACAAGCGUUGAACCUAUUGAGGAUACUGAUGCUUUAGGGGCUAAUGGAUCUGCUACUGCUGCAAAGGAUGUAAACAAGAGCUUCUUGCAUUUGUUGAGAUUAUCAAGCGAUGGACUUGAAAUAAAUAGGUGUCGAACUGAAUGGAGAAAGAAGCCUUCAAGGAUAUAAGAUUCGAAAUAAAUAGGUGUUGAACUGAAUGGAGAAAGAAGCCUUCAAGGAUAUAUAAGAUUCAAUGUGUUCUAUUGUUCAUUGUUGCCUAAGUACU